CGAGCUACAGCUCGCGCAACGUCGCAACGUUGUCAGAGGAGCGUGCGACAGUUAGCUCAGCCUGCCACAAUGGACCUGUUGUGCUUGGCACUUGUAUUGGCCACUGCGGCGAUAAGCUACUGGUACUGCAAGAGACUUCACAGCUACUGGGACAAUCAACAUGUGCCGUCGAUAGCCAAUCCGAAUGUGAUUUUCGGGCACAUGCUGCCCGCCAUCGCCGUCAAAGAAAACAUCGCGGAAUUCGUCGGCAGGGCCUACAAGAGCUUCGACUCGAGCAUGGUCGGCUUUUACUUCUUGCGUCGGCCGGGAAUUUUGGUGCGCGAUCCGGAGAUCGUCAAGCGCGUGCUGCAGACCGACUUCCCGAGCUUCCAUGCCAACCUCGUCACACUGAGCGAGAGGAACGAUCCUGUUUUGGUGAACAAUCCGUUUUUCGUGAGCGACCACGAGCUGUGGAAGAAGCGAAGGACCAGAAUAUCCAACAAUUUGACGGGUAAGAAGCUCAAGUGUCUGUUCGCCAUCAACCAGGAGGUUUGCAACGGCCUGAGCGCGUUCGUCGAGAGGAAAAUCCGCGAGAACGGCCAAUUUUACGAGUGCGAAUUGAAGAAUCACUUCACGCGGUGCACCGGCGAAGUGGUGGCCAACGCUGCACUGGCCAUCGACGGCCAGAGCUUUCGGGACCAGCCAGAUCGCCUGGCGUUCACCGUGAUUGCCAAAAGCCUAUUCGAGCCGACGUUCGUCAACGGCAUCAAGCAGGCGCUUUUGUUCUUCCUGCCGGGCCUCGCCAAUCUCCUCGGUCUGGCUUUUCUGGAAAAGAAAACGGACGACUACAUGCGGCAAACUAUCAAGGCGAUUAUCAAGCAGAGGCAGCAGGCGGGCGAGGCUCCCAACGACUACUUGCAGUUCAGCGCGGAGGCCAACUCGUUGGACAUCGAUGGCAUCGUCGGCGACGUGGUCAAUUUCUACGCCGACGUUUACGAAACCUCCAGCUCGGCCAUGGCUAAUCUCUUUUACAACUUGUCGCAGAAUCCGGAGAUACAGUCGAAGCUACGCGAUCACCUCGCUUCCGUGCUGAGGGAGACCGACGGACAAGUAACGCCCGAAUCGCUGAAAAGCAUGACUUACCUGGACCAGGUCAUAAGCGAAUCCAUGCGCGUGAUUCCAGCGGCAGGUACGCUGAUAAAAUGCUGCACCAAAGAGAUCACGCUGACGGGUGCCGACGGCGUCAGCUGCCAUUUGGUGCCCGGUAAUCCAGUCUUUAUACCGAUUAUCGGCCUUCAUCGCGACGAGAAAUAUUGGCCUAAUCCAGAAGUUUUCGACCCGGACAGAUUCAGUCCGGAAAACCAGAUUCAUAUCAACAAAUACGCUUACUUGCCGUUCGGCGAGGGGCCACGGAUGUGCGUCGGCAUGCGGUUCGCUCUUAUGUUGAUCAAACAAACCACCGCAACGCUGAUUACGAAAUUUGCCGUUGAACAUUCGCCGAAGACCAAAGUGCCUCUGGAAAUCGAUCCCUCGUCGUUUUUGAUAGCGUUCAAGGCUGGUUUAUGGGCCCGAUUUAAAAAUAUAUGAGUGACCUUCAUAUACGUGUGCAAGGAACCAAGUUGCCAUGAUUUCUGUCACGGAUGUAAGAGUGCUAGUGAUUUUAUUGUCGGAGCGGUGUACGCGCGUUAGCUUUCAACCUUUAGACUUUCAAUAAAGAGUCAUCUAUUUUAUUACUUUAA